UAGCUGACUACCACGACAAUCCCUCCCCAAGACGAGAUUUUCAUGUCCCCUCCCGUCAGCCACACGCGGUGCUACUGGUCGCUGCUCUCUGGUGACUUGCAGUUCAUCUAUCUCGACCCGGUGCUGCAGUACCACCUAGCGGAGCAAGCAGAGGCCUUGGCUGGAAAAUCCCUACUCGAGUUUGUUCAUCCAGACGAACAGUCGUCGGCCAAGCAUGAUCUCGGUACCGUCCUGGAGAGCCGGACGCUACAUGGGUCGGUAACCCGAGUGAGGUUUGCACGGCUCUCCAAGAUUCGUCGCGACCUGGGGUACGCGGGCUCCGCACCCGACUUUCCCGCGGCAGAUAAAAUCGCUGUAGACGCAAACUACAUGGCCGUCGAUGUCGUCAUCAACUGGGCUGCCGAGGGCCUUGUGCUCUGCUUCAUUCAUGCCAUCGUCGACAUCGAUCCGGCGGCGGACAACGACCAGACGAGCAAGACGUCUUGGUCAAACUGGUGUGGCACCCCUGUACUCAGCUCGGAGCAAGUCCAGAUGCUCUUCAAGCGACUCUUCCUGUGCGCACCACAAACGGCGUCGACUUCACGGGUCUUCCAGAUCCUCAACAACGAUACCGCCAAAGAUCUCGUCAUCUCAUGGCCGCCCGUGGACCCGCCCUCAACUCGCGAGUUUGCCCGUCUCGCCAACGACAUCAACGUCAACGCCGUCAACAACGACGCCAAGACCUCUUGUACACGCAGGUUCAAGUCUGCCCAGCCCGUGCAAGGCGUCGGCCACGUCGAGAGCGUCUUCAUUCCGCAUGGCAGCGUCAUAUUUGCAUGCCACAAAGUUGACUCGCCCCCUAACUCUACCAUGCCUUCUUCCUACGACCACCACACUCCGUAUCCUCUCCCUGGCCCGACCAGUCCUCCUUAUUACCCAAAUCCAAAUCCUUCGGCCUAUUCCUAUCAGCCGCCUCCUCCACCGUCUUGGGACAGGUGCUACCCCUCUUACGACGCCAACAGGUCCCAUGAAGGCAGCAACCAAUACACCUAUCUUCCACCGCCGCCCAGUCCCCCAGAAGACUCUGUGCCGGCACCCAGACGCCGUGUAUCCCCUCCACCAGCCGGCCAAUCUCAGAGGGGUCACGGAAACCGCCCGGUAGGCGUGCUCAAGUGCAGUAGCUGCAAGGCAACUAGUAGUCCCGAAUGGCGCAAGGGACCCAGCGGCAGGAAAGAGUUGUGCAAUGCCUGCGGUCUCCGUUACGCCCGCUCCCGCGCUAAAAAGGAGGGAAGUGUUCCGAGCGCUUCGCACCACCACAAGGCUUCUGGUAAUGGGAGGAAGGAAAAGAGUUCCUUGUCCCUUAAUGUCGUCAAGAGGGAGCGUGAACAGAAUUCGGCGACUCCUCCGCGGUCUGCAGGAUCAUCGGUGGCAUCGAGUUAUGACUAUGGAGGUGCACCGGGAUAUGACUAUUAUCGGUCGUAUCGUAAUGGUGGAGGAAGCGGUGGGAGCUCGCCUGAUGGUGGAGGUGGAGGUGGAGGCGGUACUAACGACAGCUUCCCUAGCUACGAGGACGGACCAAGUGGGGGAGGACGAUACUAUGCGCACACGAGCCCGUUGGCUGCUCCUCCCACGACGAACGGUGGUUUAAGCUACGAAAGAAGGUAUGAGAAGUGGGAGAGGGACGAUAGUAGGCGCUGAUUCAUCGAUAUGCACUUGGACAACUGCAAUGCCCCUUGUAAUUCUACCUUACAGCACUUCUCCUUAGUCCGUUUUUUUUUUGUUCCCCAUUUUGUAAUCCCGGCCUCUUUUCGCUCACCUCUUCUUGAUAUGCAGUAAAAUGGGGUGUAUGGUACGGAUUCGAAUGAAAUUGUGUAUAAUCGAGGCUUCCUUAGCUUACUAUUUUUGUUCUUCGCACGUCUUCGUCGUGUCAAACUUUUCUAUAUGUACGGUGAACAUGCGAGACGUGCAUGUAUGCCUCUCUGUGAUGGAAGGACCAUCGAUAGUAUACCAUCCUUUCGGG